AUGUGUCAUUAUAUUCACGUGUUCAAGAGUUCCCAGCAUAUUUACGCAGACAAAGCUGAACUAAUUUCUUUUCACGGUGAAGAAACGAUGCAUUAUGUGAAUCUCUUGAACACGUCAGGAGUACUUCAAGCAGAGGCUGAGCAAGUUCAAAAAGAAAAAUGUGAUACACUUACUGGUAAAUGUCCCCUUCAUCGAAUGUACGAUAUCAAGCAAAAUAAAGUCGUCGUAGAAGAAAUAGGAAAAGAAACUGAGCAAAUUAAAUCACAACAGCUCAACGAAAAGACUCACUACGGUGGUCCAGAUGAAAACUACYAUCCUGAAAAACUAGAAAAUAGUAUACCAACAGCCCAAGUCAACAGAAAGAAACUGAAAAUGUUGGGAGCUGCUGGCUAUUACAUAAGAGAUUUUCUUGGAGAUGUCUAUGAGUACGUAAUUAAUGAUGAAUGGGAAGGAGUCUGGGUGCAUCUGUCACUCGUUCGUAUUCGCGUUUAUGGUGAAAUUGGUGAAGGWCGAUGGAGGUUUGCCUUUAGUGGUAAGAUCAUGGAAUCAGAAUCAAAACGUUUUCCUGUGGGAAUGAACAUAGUUGUCAAGUCGGUCAAUGAAGACGUCCUAAAGGAACAAAAGGAAGAAGUAGCAGUGAAAAGAGUGUGA